CUCCUCCUCCUCCCCCGGCCGCCGCCUUUUCCCCGCCGCCGCCGCCUGCAGCCCGGCGCUGCCCUGCGGAGCUCGGCGCGGCGGCGCCCCGCCGCCGGCCAUGGCCGUGCCAGCCGCCUUGCUCAGCCCCCACCACCACCUCCUCUCCUUCUGCUUCCCCGCCGGCGGCCUGCUGGGCUAUGCCGACCUGGAGAAGGGCUACGAGGGCGGAGGAGGAGGAGGAGGCGGCGGAGGCGAGGCGGGGGACUUUAAGGAAGCCACCAGGGACCUGCUGAGCUUCAUCGACUCGGCCUCCAGCAACAUCAAGCUGGCGCUGGACAAGCCGGUGAAGUCGAAGAGGAAGGUGAACCACAGGAAAUACCUGCAGAAGCAGAUCAAGCGUUGCACCGGCAUCAUCGCCGCCGCCGCCCCGCCGCCCUCCUCCUCCUCCCCGGCCGCCGCCGCCUGCCCGGCCAAGCAGCCCCCGCCACCUCGCCGGGAAGCCUCGACGGCGGCCAGCAGCCUGCAGAGCAAGAGCCUGGCGGCCCUUUUCGGCUCCCUGCAGCCGGGAAGGGGCUCGGCGAGCGGCUGCGGGGCGGCGGGAGGAGGCGGUGGAGGAAGCAGCGGAGGGUCAGCGGCUGCGGGUGGCCCUCGGAAGGUGCCUCUGCGGGCCCGCAACCUGCCGCCCUCCUUCUUCACCGAGCCGGCUCUGCCGCCCCGCGGGCCUCCGCCGGCCUCCAAGGAGACGGAGAAAGGCGGUGGGGCGGAGGCAGCCGAGUUUUUCGAGCUGCUGGGCUCCGACUACGGAGCGCUGCUGCCUGAGCACGCUGCCCCGCAGGAUGCCUUCCCCGCCGCCCGCCUGCCCGCCGACCUGGGGCUCGAGCACGGCCUCUACGAGGCUCCGCUGCCUCCGCUGCCCGCCGCCCACCACCCGCUGUUGGGUGGGCUGCUGUACCCCGAGCCGCCCUGGAGCCCGGCCGGGCCCUGCAGCCCCCCAAAAAAGUCACCUCCCGAGGCGCUACGCCCGCUCUACUCUGGCGGAGCGGAAUCCGGCAGCGAGGCCUUCGGCUCCUUCUUCCCUGAGUGCCCCUUGGCCCCGCCACAGGUGCCCUACGACUACAGCACCGGCUACCACCGGGCCACCUACUCCGGCCUGUAGGGCAAGGCUGGUGGGCUUGGCCCCCUGGGCCUCGAACACGGACCAUAACGUGGGGGGAAGGAGGGAGCGGGCGAGCCCACCUCCUGUGGGGUGGCCAAGUCCUGGAUGAGGGCUCAGGAUGGGACCCAGUGGAUGCUCACGGUGGUGAGGGAAGAGCUGGGUUCGGCCACCUUGGAGGGGCUGGGGGCUGCGCUUGCCCUGCCAGCCCCCCGAAAGCCAGCUACAGCUCCCGUUGGAAGAGCACUGGGAUCUGGGAUGUCCCAGUGCCCGGCAAGUCGCCUCCUCCUCUUGCAGCCUGGGAGAUGCUGCGGUGUGCCAAUAAAAACGUGAAAUACUCGAUUCCUUCAGGUGUUUUUAUAGUGCACAGUGACUACGGUGCGUUAGCGUUCAUUAGGGGUCAGGUUUUGUGUUAUUGUAGGCAGACUUGAUUUACGUGUCCGGUGUGACAUUGCAACGGGGGCUGCUCUCCUUGAAGGCAGCCGUGACCACUUGUAAAUGAUUUCAGUUUGGAAGUAAAACUCAGUCAACUCUU